GUGGCUCGCCGCAGCUGCAGCAUGGGAAGGUCCUGCCCCAUUACCUCACUGCAUCAUAUGACAAUCGGAAGAGGUAUUUUCGCUGCCUGUGCUGGCUGCUCUGCUUCUCUUUCCUUUGGAGCCGUGUGAGGCACAUGAUUGCUACAGAGUCAGACAGCCUCUUAAACAUGGAGGUGGAUGUUAGUGGUGUUUCCAGGACUGCAGUGCCUGUUCUUUCUACUCCCACUGGAGGGGAUAGUAUCUCACAGUCUAAAACUGAACCAGAAAAGCCGCGAUGCUCAAGCACACCCUGUUCACCUAUAAAAAGGACUGUGUCAGGCUAUCAGAUCCUUCACAUGGACUCCAACUAUCUUGUGGGGUUCACCACUGGUGAGGAGUUAUUGAAACUUGCUCAUAAAUGGUCAAACACAGAGAAGGCUUCUGGAGAGUCCAUUCCGAGUCAGUGCACAAAGCAGCAUGAUUUGGGUCUCCAUCGGGCAGCACGUCUUUAUAAAACAAAGAGCCGCUACUACCAGCCCUAUGACAUUCCAGCUGUGAAUGGAAGAAGGAGGCGAAGGAUGCCUAGCUCAGGUGACAACUGCAUCAAGUCUCUGCCUUUGGAACCCAGCAAAGUAUUUCAUGGUCCUCUGCCCCUUUGUCUCUUGAAGGGUAAGAGAGCUCACUCUAAAUCAUUGGACUACCUCAAUCUAGACAAAAUGAACAUUAAGGAGCCUGCUGACACAGAGGUACUACAGUAUCAACUGCAACAUCUUACCUUAAGAGGGGAGCGGGUAUUUACUCGAAACAAAACAUGAAAAUGACUUGUGUUUAGAUUGUUUAAUCAGGAGUAUCUUGAAGCCAUUGAUAUGUCUCGCUCCUCAGCAAACUGUUUAAAUCAAUGACCAAGGAUGUAUGUCAGUAUAAAAGGGAACUUGGUUGACUUUAUCAAUAGAUAACUAGGCUGCUGUCAGCUGGUAGGUAUUGUGUAAUACUGAAACCUAAAUGAAUUUCUUUAAUGACACAUUUUUAUAAAUAGUGUGUGCUAUCAAUAGAAGGUUGUACUCAAAAAGAACAGGAAAAUGGAAAACCUUAUAAUUAGCAAUAACCUUUGUGCUUGAUCAUGUAACCCAGUGCGAGUUUUGGAACUGUAACUUGGUAAUGGGAAUAUUGUGAAAUGCACCAAUUGCACAUUUUAUACUCUUUAUUUUUGCUUUUGUGACUGCACUGUAUAUCAUUACUAAAUAUUUGCCAUGACAUCAUGCACCCUUUACGAGUACAGUACCUUUCCACAUCCUUGUCGCAUAUUUAAUCUGUAAAUGCUUAGCUUUAUGUUAGUCCUGAUCUUAAAUAAGUUCAAAAUUUUCAAUUACCAAUUAGUACGAUUUAUGGCUGCCAGAAAAAGUGUUGCUAUUAAAAGUUUGACAAAUUAGUUGUUGAAGGUUUGGAACAAUAAAACUUUUAUAUAGUUAUUAGAAAGGUCUACUUUUGUAUAAAUAAAAAAACAACUCCUGAAUCGUUUUUAAAGCUGUGAAUGUACUUGCAUAUGUGCACACUGUUCAUAAUCUAGUAAAAACAAUUAAGUUUUUUUUUUUAUAAAUAAGCAAUUCAAAUGUGUUUUCUAUUAGCGAAGUCUCAAGAGACAUUAACAAUAGCCGAUUAAAAAUUGGGAUGUUAUAAUAAUCCUAAACUUAAAGUGGCGGACCUUGAUGACUCCAUAAUACAAAAAUCAUAAGUAUGAACUGCAGUUUGGGUAAAUAUCCAUCAUAAGGGUGCAUGUCAACGAUAUCUAAGGAAAGCGAAAAUAACAAUUAAACCAACAUGUAUGUUUGGACUUCAUUACAUUUUUGGUAGAAAGAGAAAGAAUUAAAAGUUUUUGAAUAAUCUAAAAAAACGUUUUGUUAGUAUUUUUGAUAUUUAACAGAAUGAUAAGAUUUUGCUAAUUUUUAAAACAAAACUGGAUCUUUCUGACUGCUAAUUCAUAAAUCAACCAAAGUCAUGGCGUUAUACUGUGUUUCUCUUCCCACCCCCUUGAAAACAAGAAAUGAGGAAUGUGAAAGGCAGAGCGGCCAUUUUAAGUCGUGUGCUCCGUCCAAUCACGUUUUGUCUUUCUUUGAGAUCUUUUGUUGCACUCGUUUUUGAUCUUUUCUCCCGAGCAGUUUUUGUUGUACUGUCGAGCUGCUUUUUGGUAGUCAGGUCUUGGUGGUGGGGGGUGGGAGGGAAUCAUUCAUUAAACUUUACGAAGGUAAUGGCUACAGUUCAUCCUCUGAACCUUCAAACCAUUGAACAUCUGCUGUAUGAUUAUUUUUAUAUAUAGUUACAAUAAAGCCUGCUCUUGUUAUUCAGAAAGCACUGUUGAAGCUCUCUUAAUGUUUGCUGGCUGGCUUUGAGAAUGAGCGCCUUAUAUACAUUUUAAAAUGCACUGAAUGGCAAGCAAUCAAGGGUAGCUUGUCCCAAAUAAUGAUAGCUGCAUUGAUCUUGAUAUAUUUUAGCCACUUUUGUGGUCUGAAGAAUUUGACACAUGUGCAGAGCUCAGUUUUAGAUAGAGAAGAUAGCAGUUACAGCGGAAUUAUUCUCUGAGCCAAAGUAAAACAGCACAUAUAGAAUCAUUUCAGUUUUUUUUUACCACUUUGGAAUAUUUUUGCAUUGUUACGUUUUGAUUAUUAAAUAUCUUUGUGAGUGUUCUGUGUUUAUGUAUUUAUCUGGCGUUUCAUUUAGGGUUAAUGAAUUGAUCUAUAGUAGUAAUUGAGAUUUGAUUCCUCAAAUUGUGUACACACUAUUGAAACCAAAGGGUGAAGGCAGUGCAGGGUAAAUAAAACCAAAAGGGUGCAACACAAGGCUGGGCAAGUUUUACAAUAAAUUAUCUGAAUAGUGUCAAGCGUCAGCUGCUAUUGAGUGAGCCUGUAAUGUAUAGUAGGUACUGGUUUUUGUUUUCUUUAAUAGGACAAAGCAGACUUUUUGUAAUCUGUAGUUUCAGUCUAUAAUAUGCAGCAUGCAUAAAUGAUAUGAAAGCCUCAUUUUGUGUAAAUAAUGCCCUUAAAAUCUAGAAACAUUGGAAGUGGUUUCCCUAAUUUGUCUUUGUCCCGUUCUGUAGAGAGCUAAUGGCCAGCCUCAAAUGUGGUGUACAGUAUGAUGGUACCGUUAUGAUAAAACACUAAGUUAAAAAAUCAUUUAGAAAACUUGAUGAAAAAUGACGUGACAGCAACCUAUCUGGGGAAGAGAAAGCAACUUAAAUUAAAAAUUAUAUAUUAUUGUCAGUAUGUUUACUUUUAUUAUACAAGAGUUUAUUUAAAGUGACGAGAAUGGAAGAUGCAGUCUAUUGCACAAUACUUCGUUUCCAUCUACUCUGAUCAGACAGGCCGUGUUUUUAAAAGUGAUUCUUGUAGACAGAUGGCUUUUUAAUCCCAGAUUACAAAAAUAAUGUAAUGUGUGUUUUUUUGGAUGAGAACAACUGAAAUUUAAUGCAUUGGACAUCUAUGUUUGGUAAAGUUCAGCCUUGCUUAAGCAGAUUUGUUUAAAGAAUUUGCCGUUAAAAGCGACCCUUGGCAACAGUGUGUAGUCAAGCAGAUAUUGAGAAUUUCCGCUCCAAUCAAAAUACUUCUGAGCAUAUUCAUUUAUUGGUUAUGCAUCUUUUGUGGAGUAUUUAUAAAUUGAAAGACUAUCAUUUCGUUUGCAAGGUUUAUAUAUUUUUAAGCCGUUUCCAUUUCUCGUCCUCCUAUGCAUUUAUAAUCUAUUUUCUUACUAUUUAAUGCUAUAAAUUAAAACAACUGGAAUAAAGUCUGCACUAUUUAAUGAGAAUAUAAAAAACUGUACUAUGUAAUAGUUUUGUGCAUCUUACAGUAUAUAUGCUAAAUGCAAUUUUUGGAGCUGGAUUUUAAAGCUCUUCCUGUUAAUCUACAACUUUUUAUUUUUUUUUCUUUUACAGAAAGGUGAUGUUCAUUUGUUUCACCUUAGGAAAUCUUGUUGAAAUUGUCCCCCCCAUGUAAUAUUUUACUGGUGCUUUUCUUGCCUUCAUGGUUUAGUAAAUAUCAAGGGUUUAUUUAAUUGUCAUCCUAAAUUGUGCUGAAGAUAAUCUUUAGUAAUUAAGAUAAUGUGUAUUACAAAGUAGAUUAUAGUAGGAUACUUGGGAGAAAAAAAUGGGGAAAAAUAUGUGAAAAAAGUGAAGUGGUUUUUAAUUUGCUGAAAGAGUGUGUAUAUUGUUUGGUCCACUGUAUGGAUGGCUGUACAUGUGUUUUAUUUUUUGUGAUCUUUAAAAAAAAAAAAAAUCAUCCUAUUAAAACACUACAACAGUA